AUGAAUGCUGUGGAAAGUCCGGAGGGGCAAGAGCUCCAAAAGAUGGGGAGUGGAGCCUGGGACAACCCUGCCUACAGUGGUCCCCCAUCCCCACAUGGGACAAUGAGGAUCUGCACCAUCUCCAGUGCGGUGCCCCCCCAGUCCCAACCCAAAAAGCCUGAAGAUGGACCCCAGGAGAAGGCAUAUAGGACCCUGAUAUCCAGCUGCUGCUUCCAGAUCUGUCGUGGCAUCAGAGGACUUUGGGGAACAACCCUGACUGAGAACACAGCUGAGAACCGGGAGCUUUAUGUCAAGACCACCCUCAGGGAGCUGCUAGUAUACAUCAUGUUCCUGGUGGACAUCUGUCUUUUGACUUAUGGAAUGACAAGCUCCAGUGCCUAUUAUUAUACCAAAGUGAUGUCCGAGCUCUUCUUACAUACCCCAUCAGACACCGGAGUCUCCUUCCAAGCCAUCAGCAGCAUGGCAGACUUCUGGGAUUUUGCCCAGGGCCCACUACUGGACAGUUUGUAUUGGACCAAAUGGUACAACAACCAGAGCCUGGGCCAUGGCUCCCACUCCUUCAUCUACUAUGAGAACCUGCUGCUGGGGGUUCCAAGGCUACGGCAGCUAAGGGUCCGCAAUGACUCCUGUGUGGUCCAUGAGGAUUUCCGUGAGGACAUUUUGAGCUGCUACGAUGUCUACUCUCCAGACAAGGAAGAGCGUCUCCCCUUUGGGCCUCUCAAUGGCACAGCGUGGACAUACCAUUCACAGGAUGAGCUGGGGGGCUCUUCUCACUGGGGCCGGUUGACAAGCUACAGUGGAGGUGGCUACUAUCUGGACCUUCCAGGAUCUCGGCAGGCCAGUGCAGAGGCACUCCAGGACCUUCAGGAGGGCCUAUGGCUAGACAGGGGCACUCGGGUGGUCUUCAUCGACUUCUCAGUCUACAAUGCUAACAUAAAUCUUUUCUGUGUUUUGAGACUGGUGGUAGAAUUUCCAGCUACAGGAGGUGCCAUCCCAUCCUGGCAAAUUCGCACAGUUAAGCUGAUCCGCUAUGUCAGCACGUGGGACUUCUUUAUCAUUGGCUGUGAAGUCAUCUUCUGCAUCUUCAUCUUCUACUAUGUAGUUGAGGAGAUCCUGGAGCUCCAUAUCCACCGGCUUCAUUACCUCAGCAGCAUCUGGAACAUUCUGGACCUGGUGGUUAUCUUGCUAUCCAUUGUGGCUGUGGGCUUCCACAUAUUCCGAACGCUUGAGGUGAAUCGGCUGAUGGGGAAGCUUCUGCAGCAGCCAAACAUGUACGCUGACUUUGAGUUCCUCGCCUUCUGGCAGACACAAUACAACAACAUGAAUGCUGUGAACCUCUUCUUUGCCUGGAUCAAGAUAUUCAAGUACAUCAGCUUCAACAAAACCAUGACGCAGCUCUCCUCCACGCUGGCCCGCUGUGCCAAGGACAUCCUGGGCUUUGCUGUCAUGUUCUUCAUUGUUUUCUUCGCCUAUGCCCAACUCGGCUACCUGCUUUUUGGAACCCAAGUGGAAAACUUUAGUACUUUCAUCAAGUGCAUUUUCACUCAGUUCCGGAUCAUCCUUGGGGACUUUGACUACAAUGCUAUUGACAAUGCCAACCGCAUCCUGGGACCUGCCUACUUUGUCACCUAUGUCUUCUUUGUCUUCCUCGUGCUCCUGAACAUGUUCCUGGCCAUCAUCAAUGACACAUAUUCAGAGGUCAAGGAAGAGUUGGCUGGACAGAAGGAUGAGCUGCAACUUUCUGACCUCCUGAAACAGGGCUACAACAAGACCCUACUGAGGCUGCGUUUGAGGAAAGAGCAGGUUUCAGAUGUACAGAAGGUCCUGCAGGGUGGGGAGGAGAUCCAGUUUGAGGAUUUCACCAACACCUUGAGGGAACUCGGGCACGCAGAGCAUGAAAUCACUGAGCUCACAGCCGCCUUCACCAGGUUUGAUCAAGAUGGGAAUUACAUCCUGGACAAGAAAGAGCAAGAACAAAUGCAACAGGACCUGGAGGACAAGAGGGUGGCCCUCAACGCCGAGAUUGAGAACCUGGGCGGGUCCAUUGCGAGUAGCCCACCAGGCGAGUCGGGUCCAGAGGCUACCAGAGCAGGUGGCUGGGUUUCAGGAGAAGAAUUCUACAUACUCACAAGGAGAGUUCUUCAGUUGGAGACUAUCCUGGAAGGAGUCAUGUGCCAGGUGGAUGCUGUGGGCUCAAAAUUAAAGAUGCUGGAGAGGAAGGGGCAGCUAGCUUCCUCCCUAGGCACGGGGGAUCAAGACAUUUGGGAGCAACAACAGCUGACCCCAGCUGUGACUCCAGACCCCUGGGGAGUCCAGGAAUUUCCAGGUGAAAGAGAAAGGGAAACCCUGGGGGAGAGGAAACUUUCUCACUGUGGAGAUUACAGUGUUGCAGAGAACUUGGGUGAUCCCUCCAUCCAGGACAAAGACCAUGAAGGCUCAGUUGAGGAGGCUGCCUACGACAUUCCACUGACCUCUGGGAAUGGACAGGGCUGUAAACAGGGACACAGAUGGAGCCUGAGGAAUCAGAGAAAUGACUUCAGGAUUCAAAGGUCUUUGGAAUAA